UGCCUCCCGGUUGGAGCCGCAGCAGCAGUUUGUGCUCAAACACAAACGCACACCGCGCACGGACUCACUGCUGAACGGGCUGCACGAGACUCUUCCUCACCACCACCACCACCAUCCUCCUCCUCCUCCUCCUCCUCCUCCUCCUCCUCCUCCUCGGUGGAUGGACGGACGGUAACAGGAGAGCUUCAUCAUCACCGUGCAUCACCGUCAUCAUCACCACCAUCAUCAUUAUCACCGGGUGUAGAAGCUCUCCCUGGGCUAAAAAGUUAAGGAGGAUCCGGUUUAAUAACGGAGCACCGGGGGGCUCGUGCCCGGCGUUAACCCGGGAUAAUCCGCCUGACACGGUUGAUUGCUACUUUGGACUCCAUGGAAACGGAUCCGGUGCUUUUGAAGGGAUUUAUUCAGCGGAUCACUCUCGGCGGUUUGAAGGAUCGCUUUCUAAAAGGUCUCCGGUACAGAAACUGAUCUCCGGUGUGUUUGAACGAAUCUCUGCCGUUACAAAGAGAUCCCCCGUUUUUUGUUUUUAAAAAUUAAUCACUUUGUAUUUGAACUGAUAGCCUGUGUGACGUUUGUUUGCUGUAACGGAUUCCCGGUGGUCAAACGGAUCAAUAACGGAUUUCUCUUUGUUUAAUCCGACAUCUGAGGUGUUUUAACGGAUUUCUGACGUUACUGUAACGGAUCCCCGGACGGUCCCGGGUGGACUUGACGGUUUGCUGACCGACUGUAACCCCAGCCCCCUCCCCCGGUAGGCUACCGAAGAGGAAGAGGACACGCAGGUAGAAAGCAGGUGCUCACAGUCCACAGCGCGGUUCCUCACGGGACUGAAGUAAGUCUCCCCAAUAACGGAUCACCACCGGGGAGGUUUCCCUGAACCCGAGGGACCGACCGCCGGGAGAAACGGACCCGGCGCUCACCGAUUCCCAGCGGGGUCGAGAGAAGAGAAGUUACCGGAGGACCGGAGGAGUUGAUCUGGAUCUUUAAAGGCUACAUUAGACAUUCUCACGGACCGUUAACGAUCGGAUAACCUUCAUCAUUAAACCCAGACUGAUCUCAUUAAGGGGACGGAUUGAUUGUUGGAUUAAGAAACGCGUCUUCCUCCCGUGUUCCGUUCUGUUCUCCCUCCUAUUGGGAUCCCGGGUAUCAAUCAUUUUUAAUUAAUUUUCUUAUCCAUCAGCCCCAUGAGCUGUAAAGCCGGGACCGUUUAGACCCCGGGGAGGACCCGAGUGAAUUAUCUCCUCCACGGUGAAAUAAACCCACAUGCUGGCCGUAAAUUAUCCACUUAACCCCCCCAAGAGAGAGAGAGGGAGAGAGACACAGACAGACUGCAGUGAGAGAGUUAUUACCUUUAUUAAACGCCGCCUUUUUGGAGAUCAACUCAAUUUAAAACGGCAGUAAAAGCUCAUUAACUUGAAAUCUGUCAAACAGAGAUACUUACCCCCGAGGUUAAACUCUUCAACUGAUUAGUUUGAAUUUUAAAAGUCACCUUUAACAUCCCUGAAAUAUUCUUACAGGAUCAUUUGAAAAAACAGAUGUUUGUUUUAGCGAAAUGUUUGUGGGGGGGGGGGAAAUGAUGAAAAUGUGGUGACGUUUGGACAUUAAAGCAACUAAAACACAGCCCUAACUUAACUCCGACUGACUGAGCCAAAACUUCAAUGCACCAACACGAAAUGUAAAAGUCCUAAGGCUUCACCUGACUCCAAAACUGAAAUGUAAUCAUAAUAAUCUUAUAGUGCAUCUGUGGCUCCUAAUACUGACCUUAAUGUUCUGUAAGGUAUUUGCAUCUCCCACUGUAUCAUAAUAGUAAUCCCAUAAUAGUCGGAUAGGGGUUUAUUUAUGCUUCAUUGCAAGUCUGGUAGAGCUUUAACUCAGAAGAAAUUAACUUUAUAACAACCUGGGGACAAUAACCUGCAGCUUUAAAUCUCCUGUGAUAGACUUCGGUUUAGGAUCUCUGUCUUGGACGCAUGUAGAUCAAGUGAGUGAAGCUCAGAAUGAGGAUUUCCGUCAUCUAAAUAAUGCAUAAUCUGAGCAAAUCCAGCUAAAUUGUGACUUCAUCUGAUUUCCCAGCUAUCUGUGGAGGUUUAGAGAUAACUUACACAGCUGAUUACCAGUGAAAGUCUAUGAAUGGUACGCUCACUGUAUAGCCACAUCCUCAACAGCAUACCUCCUCCUCCUCCUCCUCCUCCUCCUCCUCCUCAGCCUCCUCUAGAACUUGAAAUUGAGCUGUGCAUCAUUGAUUUUUUUUUCUUCCCCUCACCGCAAAACCAAAACGCACACGACCAUCUCAUCCUUUCUGGUUUGUCGGUUUUGUUGCCUGAAAUGUAAGACGUGGCCGCGGUGUUGAUUUUCCAGCUCCAGUCAGAGCUGAAACACAUUCAUAACGGUCCAGCAGCAGCGAGGUCAGAGUUCACGUUUUCAGAAAUAUAACUGCUGGAGUUUCAGCAGCACAGACUGGAGGUUUGGCAGACUGAGAACUGGAAUAUUUGGGACGUUCAAAACACACGAACAGCUCUUUUUCACAUUAAAACAUCUGUAAACGAGCUGAAAUCUGACCUGAGCAUAAAUGAAUGUUUUUCUGAAUCAGAACCCGUUUCUGACCCUGAACCUUGAGGACAUUUCUUUGCUGUUAGAGUGACACUUUUCGCUAAAUGGGACUAAACGACAGCAGCCCGGGCGCCAUGCGGAAUGGCCGCGCCCUCUCGGACCAGUGGGCAGAGUCAGUGGUGGUCCGGCCUCGAACCACCGAGCACCACAUCACGGUGCACAAACGGCUGGUGCUGGGCUUCGCCCUGUCCAUCCUCACCCUCAUCAUAGUCACGGCGGUGGCUGUGGUGCUCAGCAUCCGCUUCGAGGAGUGUGGUGGACGAGAUCGUGACGGAGCGACAGGGGAGUCAGGUUCGCGAGGCAACGGAGGGUCAGGAAAGUUGAAUGGGAGCAGAGGGGAAAGGACGGGGGAGAGGGGAGAUGAGGAGGCGGUCCAGCCAUGGAGGAACUCGCGGCUGCCGGGCUCGGUGAGGCCACGGCACUACGACCUGCGGCUCGCCGUCUACAUGGACAACUUCACCUUCUCCGGAGAGGUCAGCAUCGAGCUGGAGUGCAUCAAUGCCACCCGAUUCAUCGUGCUGCACGCUGACCGCCUUGAGUUGGACCGGGUGUCUGUUACAGCAGAGGGCGGCGCCGGUGGUCGUCCCGCCAACAGGCCCGGAGCUGGAGCCAUGCGCAUCCACCGCCACUUCCCCUACCCGGCCAAUCAGAUGUACGUCGUGGUGCUGCACCGUGAGCUGAAGCCGAUGAGAGUUUACCGGCUGAACGUGAGCUUCGACGCCGCCAUCGAGGAUGAGCUGCUGGGCUUCUUCAGGAGCUCGUACACCCUGCAGAGAGAGAGACGUUACCUGGCGGUGACUCAGUUCAGUCCGAUCCACGCCCGGAAGGCCUUCCCCUGCUUCGACGAGCCCGUCUACAAGGCCACGUUCUCCCUCACGCUCCGCCACGACCCGCAGUACACCUCGCUCUCCAACAUGCCCGUCGAGAGCAGCUCGCUGUCGGACGAAGACGGCUGGGUGACCAAUCACUUCGCCCGCACUCCCCGCAUGUCCACGUACUACCUGGCCUGGGCCGUCUGUAACUUCACCUACAGAGAGACGCAGACCGACAGCGGCGUCACGAUCCGUCUGUAUGCUCGGCCGGAUGCCAUUUCUAGCGGAGCAGGGGACUACGCCCUCCACAUCACCAAGAGGCUUCUGGGAUUUUACCAGGACUACUUUAAAGUUCAGUACUCACUGCCCAAGCUAGACUUGUUGGCGGUGCCCAAACAUCCCUACGCCGCCAUGGAGAACUGGGGGCUGAGCGUCUUCGUGGAGCAGAAGAUCCUGCUGGACGCUGAGGUGUCGUCAUCGUCCUAUCAGAUGGAGCUGACCAUGGUGGUCGUACACGAAAUCUGCCACCAGUGGUUUGGUGAUCUGGUGACUCCGGUCUGGUGGGAGGACGUCUGGUUGAAAGAAGGUUUUGCUCAUUUCUUCGAGUACGUCGGCACUGACUUCCUCUUCCCAAAGUGGAACAUGGAGAAGCAACGAUUCCUGACUGACGUCCUCCAUGAGGUGAUGCUAUUGGAUGGCCUAAAUUCCUCCCACCCGAUCUCCCAGGAAGUGGAGCAGGCGACAGAUAUUGACAGAGUCUUCGACUGGAUUGCGUACAAAAAAGGGGCGGCGUUGAUCCGGAUGCUGGCUAAUGUGAUGGGACAGCCGCUGUUUCAGAAAGGACUCAAUGAUUAUCUGCUGAGUCACAUGUACAGCAACGCAGCCAGAGACGACCUGUGGAGCAAACUGUCUCAGGCCAUGCGUUCAGAGGGGCGGGACAUCAACAUCGGAGAGAUGAUGGACAGGUGGACUCUACAAAUGGGCUACCCCGUUGUUACCAUCAGCAAGAACCAAUCAGAGCAGCUCCCCACUCAAUACAUCACUGUCAACCAGGAGCACUUCCUGUACGGGCAUGAAGGCAGGAACAACAGCAGUUUACAGUGGCAGCUGCCAUUGACGGUCGCUGUGGGAAAUGCAUCCACUGUUUGUUCAGAGAGCCUCAUCUGGAUCAACAACAAGACAGAAACCCACAGGGUUGGUCAGAUGAAUGACAAAACCUGGUUGCUAGGCAACAUCAACCAGACAGGCUAUUUCCGUGUGAACUAUGACCUCCAGAACUGGAAACUGCUGAUUCAACAGCUCCACACCAACCCUCAAAUCAUCUCCGUUGGAAACAGGGCGGGACUUAUCGAUGAUGCCUUCAACCUGGCCAGGGCUGGGUACCUCCCACAGGGUGUUCCCUUGCAGCUGAUUGGCUAUCUGCCGGAGGAGACGUCCUUCCUGCCAUGGCACGCUGCCAGCCGAGCGCUCUACCAGCUGGACAAACUGCUGGACCGCACAGAUGAAUACAGCCUGUUCAGUGACUAUGUGCUGAAGCAGGUUGCAUCACGGUACCAUCAGAUGGGUUGGCCAACAAACGGCCCCGGCAACGAGGGAAACGUCCUGCAGGCGUCCUACCAGACUGAGGAGUUACAGAGGGAGCUCAUCAUGUUAGCUUGUAGCUUCGGGAACAAACAGUGCCACCGUCAGGCCGUCGCCUACAUCUCUGACUGGAUCUCCAGCAACAAGAACAGGAUUCCUCCCAACAUCAGAGACAUAGUUUACUGCACUGGCGUCAGUCUGAUGGACGAGGACGUGUGGGAGUUCAUCUGGAUGAAGUUUCACUCGUCCAACGCCGUUUCAGAGAAGAAGAUCCUGCUGGAGGCUCUGACCUGCUCGGACAACAUCUUCCUCCUCAACAGGUUACUGAACCUGUCUUUGACCUCUGACCUGGUCCCAGAGCAGGAUGUGAUCGAUGUCAUUAUACACGUGGGCAGAAACCCGCAGGGUCGAAACCUUGCCUGGAAAUACUUCAGAGAAAAGUGGGACGUCCUCAACGCACGUUAUGGCGAAGCGUUGUUCAUGAAUUCAAAGCUCAUCGGUGGAGUCACAGAGUUCCUGAACACUGACAGAGAACUCAAUGAGUUAAAGGAGUUCAUCCAGUCCAGCGGCGUGGGGGCGGGGCCUGCGUUGCCGCGGGCACUGGAGAUCGUUGAGGGCAACGUACGCUGGCACCGCCUCCACCGGCGGCAGUUCUACCAGUGGCUGCGCAAACCUCCAAGCUCCGCCCUCGGCUAACGCUACACCAGCUAGCUAGAGCGAAGUGACUGCAAACUGACUGCUAAGCUAAUGCUCAUGCACUGCUAGGUUACAGAUGCAGUUCGAUAGAAUGAAAAAAAUGACUGAAUGGAAAGAAUAACUGACUUGACUGGUUAUUCAGCUGGUUUUGCUUUUAUAGAAAUUUGUUUUCAAACUUUUUAUUUCAGAUGGAUUAUUUGUGUGGCUGAUGUGGUUACACUGGUUUCUGCGCUGUGACAAAACUAAAGACAAAUUUAGGUGACUAAAGCUGCUAGCUUGCUAGCAGUGAUUGAUUCAGUAAUUGCUUGCUAGCAGCUAGCCUCAAAACUCCAACGACUAAAUCGCCCUCAAGACUGACAAUGGAUACAAAGAGAAGUUUCUGCUGUCAGAUGAACAACAACAGCCAACAACAACAAGAACUUCUGAAUUUAAAAUCAAAACAGAUGAUUUGACUUUACAAAUAUUUAACAUUACAGAUGAAACAUUUCUAUUUCAGUAAUUUAAACCCUGUGAAAUGCCUAUGCACAAAGUACUGUGAUCAUUCAAAAUGUUUAUCUGCAAAACAUGUAGUUGCCUAUAAAUGGCAGUUAUGAUCAGAAAAUUCUUGAAAUUGGCAAAUUGAGAUAUUACAGCAGUAGGUAAUGGUUGCUUAUCGACUUAGAAAUCAAAACUAUGUUUUCAGGAAGUUUUCUAUAAACAACUAAAUAACCAACUUAAUACAUUAUCAAUAUGUAAUUAAAACUUUGCAGAACCUUCCUGACAUACAUGAUAUACUGAAAGUUGGAAGUAUGAUAUGUGUUGUGAUGCGACCUUACAUUAAGUUAGAUGUUUGGUCAGAUGACACAGACUGUCUCAUCACCAUCAACACUGCAAGGAAGAGUCUAAGUCUUCCUGACAGCUUCUCCUGUCCGAGCUAAAGGGCUUCACAGGUCUGAAAAUCCGAACGUUUCACUGUCUAAUUUGAACCUGAAAUUGACCUGAAAUCAGCCCAAACAAACAAGGGAAAACAUCCAGACAAAAAUGUAUAGCUCUUAAAGGUACAAGCACAAUCUCUAACACGAUGAAGACAUAUAUAUGUAAUUUUCUGCAUUUUGAUUGGCUGACUUAAGAUGAAGCUUGUGUUUUCGGCCCCAUCUCUGCUCCAGUUUAAAUUCCUCACUAACCAGAGACCCAGAACAGUUUAAAUGGGACUUUCCUGUGUACGCUACAUUAAACCAGAAGACAGUAAAUGGCAAAUUUCCCAGCAGUCAGCUGCAUGUCGAUCAUUGAACAGAGCUGUAAUUAACACUACAUGGACUUGUUGUCCUCUGAUCACAGCACUCAGAGGACUCAUUCACAUUCAAUAACUCUCCAUAACAUUCAAACUGCUUCAGCUUGAAUUUAAAAAGCAGCUUUGUCCUUUUAGGAUCAAAAACUACAGCAGUUUGGAAAAUAUCAGCGGGUUUGGGAGGCUUUGUUGGGGCCUCGCUUUAGAAAUGUACUUUAAAUAUAAAAGCUCAUAAUAACUUCAAAAUUUUGCUCUAAACCAUAGAGAACGCCACAUGUGGAAGAAUAAUUUUCCACUGAAUAGCAGUGAUGUUGAGCGCCGUUUUUUGUGUUUGAACCAGCCAAGCUGGAAACAGCUUAAAGUGAAAACAAAUUAAUGAGGCAAAAAAGUGUUCUUACAGGCAUGAUGGGAUAUAGCAAAGGAGACUGAAUCUGGCAUAUAAAAAUUUGCUUGAAGAUAGAUCAACAAACUUGGAAUAGAAACUUUGGACAGCCCUUACAAAAACUGACUCAUAAAUUUAACAUGUGAAAGUUCCAAGUUUCCAUUUUCCAAUCUCCCAUGUGAGAUGUCUACUAUUCUGUCUUCUGUGCCAUCUAUAAAUGUGUUUUACCAUUAUUGAAAUAAUAAUUCACUUUUGAAAGCAAAUGUACUAAGUGCAUCACAGUCAGAAGAAACACUUAACAGAACAAUUAAAAAAUAAAUUAAAAACAGGGACAUUUUGUUAAACAAAGUGGUUCCAACCACAAAAACCGACCAAAUAAAUUUUUAGAAAGACAAAUGUUGGUGAUUUUACAACAUAAAGAAAGGCAAAAAGGACGAGCGAACAAGAGUUCUUUCUUGCCAAAUCUCUUUCUUAGUUUCUUCGAAUUUUCUUUUUAGUUAUCUGUUGUUGAUUUUACUAUUGAGAGAAACAAAACAGAGAGAAUAUUCCUUAAAUUACAAAGCGUAGGUCACAUGAUCCAGGGCAUCAAGCUUUGUUCUUACUAAUUUCAACCAUCAAACUGUGUCAGAAAUCACUCCCUUGUUCACUCAUUUACUUUUCUGUUGUAGUUGUAAAUUUUGUAGUAAAUGAAGACUGAAGAAAAGUACCAAACAUCAUAAUUUUGGUCCACUGCUGACAUAGUUUCAUGUCAAAUGGCUAAUGUACACAUCAGUCAUCAGCAUAGACAAAGCCUUGCAUUACGGAACUACUCAAAACUACUCGUUCUCUGGACGCUGCAAUUCUAAUUUAAUUGUAGGAAUUUAUGACACUACAAAGCACACAAUUCAAGCAAUGAAAGUGAACAUAGCUGUAAACAAAAACAUGUUAAAAUAGUAUGCCCAAACUCCAUCUACCUGACAUCUGUCAGCAACUUGCUCCUUAUUUAAUGACCUCAUAAAACCUUACAGUAACUCCUAAGAAAUACUAAUUGAAUAAACUGACAGAUGUACGAGAAUGUGCAGUGAAUUCUGCACUUUGUGGAAAACUGAAAGGAGUCAGGGGACUAGAAAACUGACAGAGUUUCUACUGUAUGACAACCUUUCUGACAGACUGCAACCUUGGAGAUUAAAGCUCUGACCAAAUAUAAAUUUAACAGAUCUCUGUGGUUUGACAAAGCACAAAACCAGAGUUGCUGGACGACGCACAUCUGCCUCAGCUGCUGGACAGAAACUAAAGUCAUAACAAACACUAAGAUUUGUUUUAGUCAAUCAGUGGGUAGCUUUCAAUCAACCCUUUUUUCUGUCCUCAGAUGGACAAAUAAAUGAGUGAACUCAAAAUUUAGGAUAGUAAAACUGGAGCAAGGAAAUGGCUGACAAGACAACUAAGACUAUAUGGCUUAUGUUGAGUGUCAUUAUACGCAGAUGAUGUGGCUUUUUGAAUGGGACAUGACAGAUUCAAGUUCAUCAUCAGUGGACUUUUACAGCUUGUGUGACAGAUUGGACAUAGUGAAGGAAUUUACAGCAUGACAGAUUCUGCAGCAUGAUGGAUUCUGUGGUGUGAUAGAAUUUACAGUGUGAUGUAAAAUCUUACAAGUCAGCAGGGUGGGUAAAUUUCACAGGGUGGACUCUACAGAGUGUUGGAUUGAUGAAAUUCAUAGCCUGACAGACCUUACAAGGCUUUUAAUUUUACAGUGAUGGAUUCUAAGUCCGAUGGAUUCUUCAAUGGAUGACGUUUGCAAAGUGACAAAUUCUAUGAUAAGAAAGAUACUACGGUGUGACGGAUUUUAUGGCGGGAUGGAAAUUACAGCUGGACCUCUACAGUGCGAUAGAUUCUAAGGUGCAACAGUCACUGUAACGGUGUGACGAAAGUAUGAAGGACUCUACAGAUUUUCUAGCAGCAUGGAUUGUACAGUAUAAUGGGCUCUGCAGUGCUACAGAGUCUACAGCAUAAGAGUCUUACAGCGUGAAGGGUUUUACAGCGCAAUGGAUUUUACAGGGUGUGGAUGUCUGCUUUCCCCCUCAGAAUUUUAAAUGUAAAUGAUACUGAAGUUAGACUGAACUGUGGAGUCUAGAGUCUUGGAAACAAUGACUGGGACACGGAAGGCGCAGAAAAACUAUACCUGUAUGAAUUUUUUGGGGGCCAACUCCAGAUAAAGUCCAGAUAAAUCUUUGUAGAAGUGAAUUUUGGAAAAGGACUUGAAAAUGAAUCAUAAUGAACUUUUGAAGUCAGGAAGUCUGGCGUGUUGAACCUCCGUCCUGUUGAACAGACUUUUUGAAGUUAUUCCUCUUCUGUUAGAUCCGGCUUUGAUGUUACUAAUGAGCCAUAUAUGAAUUAAUGGGCCUGCCUGCUUCUAUACACUGUGUGUCCAGUGAUGUGUGUGUGUGUGCGUGUGUGUGUGUGAGAUGAAGAUGAUGAUGAUGAAGAUGAUGAUGAAGAUAACAGCAGCAGUGGUGGUGACGAUGACUGCUGUGCCAGUCGUGAUGAUUAAAAUUAUGAUAAUUAAUAUUAUUAUGAUUAUGAUCAGGACUGAGGACGAUGAUAGAUUUAAUGAUGACGGUCAGGUCACUAAUGAUAAUUGCUGAUGAUGUGAAAAAGCUAAUUAGUAUUAUUAUAAUUGUUAUGCUAAUUAUUCAGUGCAUUUUGAACCUGUAUUGUCCUGUCAGGGAAAUUUGGUUUACAGACAUAAAGCACACAACGAAUCAGUCCCAUGUACAAUAAACACUGUAAAUCAUACAAAUAUGGUAUUUAAAAUUAAAAUGUAAAAUUUGAAGAUGUUGAAGUAGAUGAAAAUGGUGUUCAUGAUGAUGAUGGUGAUGGUGAGGUAAUGAUGAUGACGACUUGGGACCAAAAUGUGACGGAAAUAGGAAGUCGCAAAGCAGAGUUUAAUCCUACUUCCUGUUUGCACUGCUGUCGUUUCCUGUGUUUUCUGAUUGGAUGAUAUUAAAAUGGUUAACCUUG